AUGACUGACAUAAAAUCCAGGUCUACACUCUCCUGGAACUUCUUUGCCCUUUCUCUAUUCUAUGUCUUCACUCUAAAUUUCGAGACCUAUAUCGGAAAAUUAACUCCUGUUUAG